GGAGGAGGGGUCACACACAUGACAGUAGGGGUCGCACACAGAUUGGUGCAUCAGUAGAAGUUGCACCAGAGUGUGCUGGUGAGUUGUGGGUGCAGGUAAGGGUGCAGGUAAGGGUGCAGGGGUGGCUGCUGCUAGAGGGAACAUGGAGUAUCCCUGCCUCCUGGCUGGUGCCUAUCUUGUGAUCCUCGCGGCAGCAGCGUGUCAGGCGCAGAUAUUAGCGCCGGGAAGUUAUCGUAUCGCAGUCGAUUCCAAGAGCAGAGAACUUGUCAGAAGGGGAGAGCCACUCACCUCGGGGCAGCAGGGGGUUUCUGGGGGUAAAUCGGCCAAUAUCGUGCCCUUUCCCAGUGUCACUUCUUCCCUGUUUACCCCCACGUUGCCAAUAGUUACCCGGCCAGUGGUAAAUUCUGCUGAAUUCCACAAAGUUACCGCUAUAAGACCUGGGGCUAAUCCAGUCCCAUCCCUGCCAGUUGCCACUUCCAGUUUGCCCCUUUCCCCCCUGUCCCGCCGCUCUGGCCGUUCCCUGAUUCCCUCCGCGGUCUCCUGCUCCUACACUGUGCGGGUACCCGCGGUCGGUGCCCUUGGAGAGAGCCUGUUCAUUGUGCCGGAUAAGAGAUACCGGGGAAAGUGGUUUGAGAUCAGCUGGCCCCCCGACCCCCCGGUGCGGAUAGAGAGCGGCUCGGGGCGCCUGUACCUGACCCACCGGCUGCAGGGAGGACAGACUGAGGUGCAGGUGAAAGUGCACGACCUGGAGAAAGACAGCGACUGGUAUUUAUGCCAUAUAACAAUUGUUGUUCCAAGAGAGGAGAGUUUAGAGUGGGCAAUGUAUCCAUUUCCUUACUUGGCUUGUGUUGAUGCUGAGGCACCAAAAGGCACACUUGUAUACCAGCUGUUAGCUCAUUACUACAAUGAUGAAAGUUCCAGUAGCGGAAUAUCUUACUACCUAAUGGAAGGUGCUGACCAGAGGUUUGAAGUUGAUAAGGAUACGGGGGUUAUACGAACAACAGGUAUAACUCUGACUUGGAAUAAGGAACAUGCCCUGACAGUACUGGCUACUGAUAAGCAUGGGAAGAAAAGUCCAUAUGCCUCUAUCUCCAUCCUGGUGGGAUCUCGCCCCCCUCAAUUUACUAACCUGACAUACAGUCUUUUUGUUCCAGAAAGUAUGUCCAUGGGUGAAAAAAUAGCUGUUGUGGAAGCCGUGUCCUUCCAAAACAAGCGGAUUUCUUACUCCUUGCUGAUGAACCCUAGUGGUCUGUUUGCAAUUCAGCAGGAGAGUGGGGAGCUGAGCCUGACACAUGCAGUGGAUUAUGAGAGCGAGCAUCACCUCUAUCACUUGCUAGUGAAAGCUCUGGAGAUGGACAGUGGACUCAGCAGUGUCACUGAGGUAAUGGUUCAUAUCACAGAUGACAAUGAUUGCUCCCCAGAAUUCCUACAGUCUAUCUACAGCCGUGACAAUAUUUUGGAAACGAUUCCUGUGGGCACGUCGUUGUUACAAGUUCUAGCACAGGAUUGUGAUUCUGGAUCCAACGCUGAGAUUUCCUAUUAUACUCAGAGUUCGGAAUUUACCGUCACAUCUCAAGGCGUCAUCCAUUCCAGCCAGCGUCUGAACUAUGAACGUGCCAACCACAUAUAUGAAUUUGUGGUGGUGGCCGUGGACAGUGGGCAGCCCCCUCUGACAGGAACUGCUUCUAUUCGCCUCCGCAUGGCCAACGUUAAUGACGAGGCGCCCGUUUUCUCUCAGACAGUCUACAACACUUUCCUCUCAGAAGAUGCAGGUUCUAAUACAUUGGUGGCAACUGUGCAUGCCAAAGAUCCUGAUGGCGAUGGUGUGACCUACCUGAUUGUUGGAGGGAAUGAGGAGGGUAACUUUGAGUUGGACAGCCAGAAAGGUAUCAUAAAACUCCGUACGACUCCUCAGCCAAAGUUAAUAAAACCUCAGUAUUUGCUCAACGUGUCGGCCGUUGAUGACAAUGCCUCAGGAGGACCUUCAUCUCUGCAUAGUUUCACUCAGGUUAUCGUUGGAAUAAAUGAUGUGAAUAACAACAAGCCUGUCUUUAGUGAGUGUGCUCAGUACAGUGAAGUCACAUCAGUUCUAGAAAACCAGCCUGCAGGCACCUUUGUCUUUCAAGUGGAGGCCCAUGAUGCUGACACAGGUCUAAAUGGAGAAGUGACAUAUGGCAUUAUGCACAGAGAAGGAACAAGGCCGGCUUUUAGCAUUGACCCAGAAACAGGUUUGAUCACUACAUUGCAAAGCUUUGACCGAGAGAAGCAGAGGGAAUACACAAUUUCUGUGACUGCCACUGAUCAGGCACAAGAACCUUUAAUUGGUAUCUGUCAAGUAACCAUUCAUAUCGCUGACAUCAAUGAUAACAACCCAAAGUUUGAGAACAGUCGCUACCAAUAUUUCCUACGUGAAGACACACCAGUUGGAACAAGUUUCCUUCGCGCAGUUGCGCUGGAUGAUGAUCAAGGAGUCAAUGCUGCCAUUACUUACUCUAUAGUUCAGCAGCAACCAGAAUAUUUUAAGAUAAACCCCAGCACAGGAUGGGUGUAUGUGAAUCAUCCCAUCUCCAAGACCUCACUUAUUACUCGGCACAUUGUAGCCACAGAUGGGGGGAAUCGGAGUAGCAGUGUGGAGCUCACAGUUACCAUCACUAAUGUAUUCAAUCAGCCUCCGCAGUGGGAGCAAUCCAGAUACUGGGUGUCUGUGCCUGAGAAUGUGACUCGUGAUACCAAGAUUGUGACUGUCAAGGCUGUUUCUCUACGUGGUGACCCGAGAGUUACGUACAAUUUGGAGGAUGGCCUUGUACCAGAGACCAACAAUCCAAUUCGUUUCUACCUCAAACCCAACAGGUCAGAUGGUUCAGCUUCAGUGCUGGUGUCUGAACCUCUUGACUAUGAGGCAACACAGUUCUUCACUUUAAAAAUAAGGGCCCAGAAUGUGGCUCCAGUACCUUUAGCAUCUUUUACUAUUGUCUAUGUCAAUGUUACAGAUGUCAAUGACAAUGUUCCAUUCUUCACUUCCUCUGCGUAUGAUGUGACUUUACCUGAAGGGGCAGAAAUUGGUACCUCAGUGGCACAGAUUUCAGCUAUUGAUUUAGACUCUGGUCUCCAUGGAAAGGUUACAUAUGUCAUAUUGAAUGAUGGAAUUGAAGACCACAAGUGUUUUUCAAUUGAUUCAGAGAGUGGGGUUAUCUAUACAAGGUCAACAUUUGAUAGAGAGAAGCAGGCAUCUUACUUAAUUGAAGUCCAGUCUCGGGACUCCUCAGAAUCAGCAAGGCCAGAAAUGCAAGGCCAACCCAACUCAGAUACGGCCUAUGUAAGGAUAUUUGUCAGUGAUAUCAAUGACAACGCUCCCAUAUUCCCAAUGCAGAGAUAUGAGACCAGUGUGGAAGAAGAUAAAGAUGUGGGUUAUGUGGUUAUAACCGUAAAUGCUUGUGAUGAAGAUGAAGGAGCAAAUGCAAAACUCAGAUAUCAGAUUACAAAUGGAAAUUCCAAGGGAAUAUUUGAUGUCGACCAAGAGAUCGGAGCAAUCUUUAUCACUCAAGCUCUAAACUAUGAACAGGACACACAUUUCGAGCUGAGGCUGGUGGCUUCUGACGGCAAGUGGGAAAACCAUACUCUUGUUGUUAUCAAUGUCAUUAACUUGAACGAUGAAGUUCCAGUUUUCUCACAGACUGAAUUCCAUGGCAGCGUUCUUGAAGAGUUAACUGAUCUCCCAAUGUUUGUGCUACAGGUUUCAGCAUCUGAUCCUGACCAAGAAGCAGAUCAGAGCGCUCUACGAUACUCUUUGCAUGGACAAGGGGCCAACAGUGAAUUUAUUAUUGACCAAUUCCAUGGUAAAAUAUAUGUCCAGAAAAAACUAGACCGGGAGCAACGAGCAACAUGGCGUUUUCUUGUUCUUGCUACUGAUGAAAGUGGAGAAGGCCUUACGGGAUUCGCUGACGUCAUUAUUGAUGUAAAAGAUGUGAAUGAUAAUGUACCAACAUUCUUAUGUACGACUGAUGGCUGUUUCAUGGGAAAUAUACCAGAAAAUUCUCCUGCAGACACUACAGUCAUGGAGAUGACAGCAUUUGAUCUGGAUGAUCCAAAGUCCGGGCGGAAUGCAAUCCUUACAUACAGAAUUGUGCAAAAUGUACAGAAUGAGAUCAACCUCAACUUGUUCGCUAUUCACCCAUCAACUGGUUCCAUUUAUACUGUCCUGGGCUCACUUGACAGGGAGAAAGAUGAUAAAUAUUUGAUUGUGGUUGAGGCAAAAGAUGGAGGAGGGCUUGCAGGCACAGGCACUGCCACCAUACUCAUUUUAGAUAUUAAUGAUCACGCUCCUGUCUUUACUCAAAAUGUUUAUACAGCCAUGAUUCCAGAAAACGUUGCCAUUAAUAGCGAGGUGACAGUCCUUUAUGCCUGGGACUUGGAUGAAGGAGAAAAUGCUAUGAUGACAUUUAGCAUAAUUGGAGGAGAUGAUGACCGAAAGUUCUUUAUAGAGACAGAUAAAAUUCACAAACGAGGUAUCAUCCGGCUGCGGAAAAAGAUGGAUUAUGAAAGGACCUAUGAACGGUCCUUUAACUUGACCAUAAAAGUCGAAGACACGGAUUUCUAUAGCAUUGCUUACUGUGUCGUUCAGGUUGAAGACUCAAAUGAUAACGCACCAGUUUUCUACCCAGCUCUUUUUGGAGCUAUAGCCCUUCCAGAGGAUGUUUCAGUUGGCACCGCCGUAGUUCAGUUAUCAGCAAUUGAUUUAGAUUCUGGUCUGAAUGGAAAGUUUUCCUAUCGCAUUCUGAAUUCUUCUGACACUGGAGGUCUUUUCUCUGUUGCCAGCGAUGGUUGGGUUGUAGUGGUCGGUCACUUAGAUAGAGAAACAUCUGCUGAACAUAACUUGGUGAUACUUGCCACUGAUCUAGGAGAGCCAGCGCUCACUGGGAGUACCAGUGUCCUAAUCACCGUUAAGGAUGUGAAUGACAACGCACCAGAGUUUGAAGCCCAGUAUAACCCCAUGAUUUGGGAAAAUACACAAAGCCCACAUAUCUUACAAAUGAACAAGACCUCAACAUUGUUACAUGCAAGAGACAAUGACACGGCCGUUAACGGGGCACCGUUUUCUUUCUGUUUACUGAAAGAUCCAUUUAAUGUCCAUGAUUUCAGUCUACAGGAUCUUCACAAUGGAAGUGCAAUGAUCACUGUUCUUCGUAGUUUUGACAGGGAAGUGCACCAGGUAUUUUAUUUACCGAUUUUAAUAACUGAUAGUGGGAAUCCCCCUCUGUCCUCCACCAACACGCUGACCAUUCUAGUUGGAGACAUAAAUGACCAUCCUCAUUCCUCAGGACACUUGGACUGUACAGUCUACAGCUACAAAGGUAUCCUUCAAACACUCACGCUUGGCAAAGUUCCAGCUCCAGACUUAGAUGAUUGGGAUCAGAAAAUGUAUUAUAUUGAAGGGAAAUCAAGAGUCUUCUCCCUUAAUGAAGCCACGGGGCUGCUGACUAUGAAAGAGGGAGCCCUGCCUGGUGUCUAUAAGCUAAGAGUAAAAGUGUCCGAUGGAAUCUGGCCAGAUGUGAUAUCAACUGUAAAGAUUGUAGUACAUGAUAUCACAGAAGAAGCUGCUCUGAAUGCUGUAGCUGUAAGAAUAUCAGGCUUGACUGCAGAAGACUUUGUCCUGCGGCCACCAGAUAAAAUCAGUAAAUAUGAGCUGAUGAAGUAUUUACUCUCGGAAAUCCUUCAAGCCCAGCCGGACAACAUUCAUAUAUUUAGUGUGUUGAACACCCCAGGUCUUUCGGGCUGUACGGACAUUUGGUUUGCAGUGUCUGGGGACACCAGUCAUCAAGCAGAGAAACUGAAUGGGAUUGUGGCUUCAUCUAGAGAGAAGAUAGAAUCCACAUUGGAUGUCCAGGUGACACAGAUUGGCGAAUAUGAAUGUGAAAAUGCUAAGUGCAGUCACAAGUCUGGAUGUUUAGUAAGAAGCUCAUACAAACAAGCAACCACCAUGAUAACAGCAGGAAGUGUCUCCUUUGGUUCAGUGACCAUACUGACUAAAUCUCAAUGCUCCUGCCCUUCCCGAGAGCAUCAGCACCUCUCCUGUUCCUCCUAUGGAAGAAACCCCUGUCUAAAUGGAGGCAUCUGUGUUGACGACGACCUGGGCUACAGGUGUGAGUGCCCCUUGCCUUUCCAUGGACCAGAAUGCCAGCAAACCAAACACACCUUCAUGGGGCAGGGUUAUGCCUGGUUUCCCCCUAUGGUUCUUUGUUAUGAGAACCAAAUCUCCUUGGAUUUUAUUACUGAGAAAGGAAACGGCCUUCUACUAUUUAAUGGCCCUAUGUCACCCAGCAAGUAUGGACAAACAGAGGACUUCAUUGCUUUGGAACUUCAAAAUGGGUCUCCUUUGUUGCUCAUUAACCAUGGCUCUGGACCACUGCUCCUUCAGUUUAGCACUAAAAAAAAUUUGGCCGACCAACGUUGGCAUAACAUAAGAAUUGAGAGCAAUGGGAAGAAAGUGAAGAUGAUCCUUGAUCAUUGUUCAGAUGCCCUCGCGAAUGAAGCAGACGGCAUUCAGCAGCUUCUCCAUGAUCGAUCGUCUUGUGAAGUUUCAGCAGAAACUCCCGGGAGCAAGAGGUUUCUUGAUGUUCACCAAACUCUGCAACUUGGAGGCGUGAAAUAUGUUCUACCGACCCUCCAUCCUGCACUUCAGUUCAUCGGAUUUAUUGGCUGCCUCCGGAAUCUAAAGGUGGACAGCAAGUUUUAUGAUUUGGAGCAGCCACUGGAGUCAUUAAACAGUAUCCCAGGAUGCACCAUGACUGAUGGGCUGUGCACGGUGACUGGAUCUCCCCCAUGUGGAGGCCAUGGCUUCUGCAUAAGUGACUUGAACUCCGUCAGAUGCGAUUGCCACCCAGGUUAUCAUGGUGACAACUGUGAGACAGUCCUUCAGGAAUGGAACUUUGAAAAGAAAAGUUGGAUUCAUUACCAGUUCCAUGUUUUGCUGAGCUUACACUGUUUAUCAGUACAGCUGAUGGUUCGCACACGCAUGGCCUCCUGCACUAUCCUAAGCUUAGUAUCAUCAAACAAAUCUGCCUUCUUGAGGCUAGAGGUUGUUGAAGGUCAUUUUGCUGUGCGGUUAAAUUUUGGAGAAAGAGAGCACUUAAUCAGAUUGCCAAGUUUAAGGAUAGACCAUGGCCGUUGGAUUCUUCUGAGCUUCGAGCGUUAUGACAAUUCCUUCACUCUAAUGAUCAAUAAGGGAGGUGGAGAUCACGAGGUAACGUCUGUUAUGGGGACAAGUCGGCUGUUUGAUGUAGAUUCUUCAUCCAUCUUGUUGGGAUCCAGCUCACUUGAAGAAGGAAGGAAUGAUUUCCAGGGGUGCCUCCGUGAUAUUCGAUUAAAUGGUCACCACCUUCCUAUGGACGGAUUAGAGAAUGGGUACAGCUCAACUGUCAGCGUUCAGGGAGUCAGUCAUGGAUGUCUUUCAGAUGCCUGCAGGAGUCAACCCUGUCAAAGUCCACUCAACUGCAUUGAUUUAUGGAGAAAAUAUGAGUGCAGGUGCCCAGCAGGUGAGGUUGAAGUUAUAAAUAACAUGACUGGCCAGAAGCAAUGUUAUCCAUCCCCGUGUAUGAGAUGGAGUUGCCGAAAUGGAGGCACUUGCGUUGCUCAGUCCCAUCAGAAGUAUGUUUGCCAGUGUAGAGAUGGAUACAAAGGAAGAAUAUGUGAAAGCAUCCAGAUAAAUACAGCCAGGAUGAUUGGCCUGAGCUCGGGAUCAAUUCUAGCCAUCAGCAUGUGUCUGCUUAUCUUCAUAGCUUUGUUGGUAUCCUACACAGUGUGGAGUCAGUGGGGAAGCUCCAAGUUCCGUAAAGGUGGCGUUUAUCAUAUACCCCCCGAGCGUGAGAGCUGGGAGGACAUUAGGGAGAGUGUCAUUACUUUCAGUGAGGAGAGUGGAGUAGAGCACAACCAGUCUGUUUGCUUUUAUUUUCAGUGCUGGAAGAAAGCAAGUAAAGCAAGUGGCGAAGCAGUCCACAAGAAUACAAAGACUAUUAAUGGAUACAAUAAGCAUAAACCGAAAAGGUCACUCCGAGAAAAUGCCCAGCAGCUCUGCUCUUCUGCUAAUGACUUUGCACUUACAAGGUCACAUCAACGAUCAGAGGAAAGUCCCCUGAGAAAUGCCAUUUUUCAUAAGUUAGAAACAUCUACAGAGACUAGAGCUCCCAGCUUUCAGGUAUAUGCACCCCAAAUGAUUUGGGCAGCAGAUAAUGACAUGAAAAGCCAUCCACUUGACCUGCUUCAUAAUUACUCCACCGAAGGCCAAGGUUCUCCAACGGGGAGCCUCAGUUCCCUGGACACCUCCAGUGUUGAUGAAGACUUAAAUUAUGACUAUCUCCAAGAAUGGGGAUGUAAAUUUGAUAGACUCAAGGAACUGUACUACUCCCCCAGUGACAAGGAUACAUAGUUACUAAGGACUGGGAAUAUUUUGGACAAUUAAUGCCUUGUGGUAAAUAAAAUUCCGGGAUACAUUUUG